ACCAAUGUGAAACUGAAGAAGCAAAACCAAUCUUCUGCACGUUCUUAUGAUGAUUGCAUCGUUCAAAUCAUUGCACUUUCUACUCGGCCUGUUUCUUUCCUUGAAUUUCUUGGCCUUAGCUCAAGAGCAAAAUCACUUCAUCUAUCAUGGCUUCACUGGAGCCAACCUGCACCUCAGCGAGAAUGCAAAAAUCCAUCCAAAUGGUCUCUUAGAGCUGACAAACACUUCAAAACGGCAAAUUGGCCGCGCUUUCUUCCCAUUCCCUUUUCAGUUCAACACAUCUUUAUUCAACAAUUCUCGGUCUCUCUCAUUCUCUACCCAGUUUGCGUUUGCCAUGGUCCCUGAGCAGCCUAUACUUGGUGGCCAUGGCAUGGCCUUCACAAUCUCUCCAACUAUGGACUUCACAGGGGCUUUGGCAGCUCAGUACUUUGGAAUCCUCAAUUCUACAAGCAAUGGCCUGUCUUCAAACCAUCUAUUGGCAGUUGAGCUGGAUGCAGUUCCGAGCCAGGAUCUUAAAGACAUCAAUGACAGCCACGUUGGAAUUGAUGUAAACAGCUUGAUAUCCAUUGAAUCUGCUCCGGUGACCUACUUUUCAGAUGAGGAAAAGGAGAAUAAGAGCUUGACUCUCAUAAGUGGUCAUGAGAUGCACGUGUGGAUAGAUUAUGAUGAAGUAGAGAAGCUACUCAAUGUUACAGUUGCUCCUGUCACAAGAACAAAACCAACCUUGCCUCUCUUGUCAACAACUAUCGAUCUUUCUUCUGUUAUGUUGGAUUCUAUGUACGUUGGUUUUUCUUCAUCUACUGGAGCAGUGGCUAGCAGCCACUAUAUUCUGGGGUGGAGCUUCAACAGAGGCGGACAAGCUCAAAGCCUUGACGUGUCAAAGUUGCCUUCACUCCCCCCUCAAAGAAAAUCAAGAAAAAAACCAUAUUUAAGAAUUCUGGUCCCAGCAAUAACAGCAAUCAUUUUGCUGGUAGCAAUCUCUGGUGCUGCUUAUAUAAUAAGGAGGAAGAAAUAUGAAGAACUGCGCGAAGAUUGGGAACAGGAGUAUGGUCCUCAAAGAUUCUCCUACAAGGAUUUAUACAAAGCAACUACAGGUUUCACGGACAGGAAGUUGCUGGGAAGUGGAGGUUUUGGAAAGGUUUACAGAGGAGUAUUGCCUUCUUCCAAUAUGCAAGUCGCGAUCAAGAAAGUAUCACAUGAUUCCAAACAAGGAACUAAGCAGUUUGUUGCUGAGAUUGCUAGCAUGGGAAGGCUGAGGCACAGGAACUUGGUCCAGCUCCUAGGCUAUUGCCGGAGAAAGGGAGAGCUCCUCUUGGUCUAUGAUUACAUGCCCAAUGGAAGCCUUGAUAAACUCCUAUUUCACAAUGACACACCCAGCCUUAAUUGGGUUCAGCGAUAUAAGGUCCUCAGAGGAGUUGCGUCGGCCCUUCUUUACCUCCAUGAAGAGUGGGAACAGGUUGUUCUGCAUAGAGAUGUGAAAGCUAGCAAUAUAUUGUUAGAUGAUGAUUUCAAUGGUCGACUAGGAGAUUUUGGGCUUGCUAAAUUCUAUGAUCGUGGGGCUAAUCCUCAAACAACCUGUGUGGUUGGAACAGUUGGAUAUAUUGCGCCAGAGGUUACUAGAACAGGAAGGGCCACUACCAGCAGUGAUGUUUUUGCUUUUGGCACUUUUAUGCUUGAAAUGGCUUGUGGAAGGAAACCUUUAGAGCCAGAACAAUCGGCAGAAAAGAUGAUUUUGGUUGACUGGGUUCUUGAUUCCUUGAAAAUAGGAGACAUUCUACGAACAGGUGAUCCAAGAUUGGAAGGUAAUUACGUGGUGGAGGAAAUGGAAUUGGUUUUGAAGCUAGGUCUGCUUUGUUCUUUCUCUACACCACAAGCUAGGCCAAGCAUGAGGCAAAUUGCGCAAUAUUUGGAUGGGAAUGCUACCUUGCCAGAGAUGCCGCUUGAUGGUGCUAGCAUAGGUUUGAUGCCAGCUAGUCUUGAAGAACCUGGAGAUUUCACCUUGUCUUUCCAUAGAUCUAAUGAUUACUCUGCUCAUUCCUUCUCUAGUACCGACUCAAUCCUCAGCUGUGGUCGUUGAAUCAUGGCUUAAUGAGGUAUAAAUUCUUUAACCUCAAGACUAACAGCUGGCAUGUGGCAAGCCUGGUAUUAGUGGUGAAGAGGAAGGUAGAUUGGAAUGCUUGGAAGGUUUGUGCAUACCAUAGUAAUCCUCAAAGCACCACAAAGACUGCUCUAAGAGGGGUUAAUUUAUUAGCAUACAAACAUAGGUAUAAUUUAUGAUUUAAGCAAAACACAUGGUUGAAAUAGUACAAUGUUUGAUGAAACAAUGCUAGUCAAUGAUGGCCGUGUAGCUUCUUCCAUUCACCUCAGCGCUCUAACCCCACCCCACAAUUGAACUCAACAAUGCCUCAUUCCCAAACUAGUUAGAAUCAGUUUCACAGAUCUUCCUUCUCCAUUCAUUUAGUCCUUGUUUCUUUUUUGAUAAAACUCUCCACUUACUUCUGUUAUGGACUCAAAUGAUUAAUCACUUAUGCCUACCUCGUUUGUACAUUGAAGUUUAAUUACAUAUUGAACUAUUCUGACUUCUGAUAUAAUGAUCUGCAGAAAGCAUAGGCUUCAGUCAGCUUUCCACAAUACAGAAAAUCCAACACCCAGUAUCAUCGAUUAUCCUAACUAGAGUGCAGUUCAGUGUGAUAUGGCUGCUGGCCGGGUGGUUUAUUCACAGACUAGUAGUGGAAUAAAAAAAUUGGUGAUAAUGUAUCUUGAUGCUGAUGUUAUAUACACAUAUAACUGUUUUAAUCUUUCUACAAACAGUCAAGAUUGCAAAAACCACGUUCAAGGAAGAAAGAAGAUAUAGACAGCAGCUUUGUAGGUUGAAAAGGGAUUAAAACACCUGCCAAGAAAAAGUAAAGAAACAUUGCAACAAAAUUUGCAAU